AUAUAAGCUGACUCAAGGGAGUAAAUUCUCGCCAGAGGAAGACUUCACACCUCCGUUUCCCACAAGGACGGACAGCGGGAACAUCGCGGGUCCCGCCUGCGCCCCAGGGGAGAUCCAGCCCGGCGUGGCCCCUGGCGGGCCCUCCCCGCCGGCCGAGGGGUGGCAGCCAGCGCUGCCGCUCUCUCCGCUAGCGGGAGCCUCGUUGCUUGGUUACGGAGCGCGUCCUUCCCGGCCUGCCGGCUCCAGAGGCAGCGGCGGCGGCUCUUCCUGGGACUGCGGGCCCGGCUCGUCGUCCCCAGGGCUGCUAGCGCCGUGCGGGAGGAGACCAGCGGCCCUCCUGCGUGGGGCCCGUGUCGGUGCGUGGCGGGAGUGCUGCCCCGGCCCCUGUUUCGUGCCGGCGGCCCGGCCGUGGGCUAUCAGCUGCCAGGCUGCGAGGCCCUUUUCUGAGGGGAGGGAGGCCCUUUGCCUGCUCGAGAGGGAGAAAGGGCUUGGAGAGGUCACUGUUUUUUUGGAGCUUCUGUCCAACUCCCGGUUAAUGCUCCCGAAGACAGAAAUGGUUCUGUUGUUUCCUCAGAAAGUAAGGAUAUCUUCUGAAGUAAGAGACAUGAAAAAACAAACUCCUGAUCUCAGGGUGAUGGCUCAAAGAAAUAAAUCUGUGGAAGAAGAUGGUGCUGACAAAAAUCAGAGAAGUUGCUCCGAAAAAGUUCACAGAGAAAAUGCCACUUGUGGUCAUGAAAGCACAGUUGUAAAACUGCCAGUAAUAGCAUCUUUUGCAGGUACUACUAAAAAAAUUGUAAUGGUCAAGCACCCAGCACCACUUCAGAAGCCAAGUUACUCCAGGUCUAAUUUUCAUAUUAAAAGCUCCCCUAUCUCAUUAGAAAAGACAAAAACUGUUAGUAAAGCAAAGAAUAGAGUGCGUAUGCUACAGACGGAUUCCCAGAAUUUAAAAAGAGAUAAAACUGAAGAAAUGGAUACUGUGAUGAAAGAUAGUGAUGAAAUUAGCUCUACAGAUUCUGAUACAAGUAAAAACAUUUCAGGAAAGGGAAAAAUAACCAGGGAAAGCUGUAAGGAGAGAAGCAGAGUCAUUUCAAAAGCAAAGCAAAAAGAUUUAGAUGUUGAAUUGAGAAGAGUGCUGAGAAAAGGAAGCAAGCAGCCAAGUGUGAGGUCUGCUCGAGAACAGUUGGAAGAGGCAAGAGAUGUGACUAGACCAGACACUUCAAAAAUAUACAAGAAGAACUUCCAGCAGAGCAAACCUGAAGAGCCUACUUCCACACCAGCAUUGCCUGUGAAAGUGGUUGCAAGGUCUAUUGAUGAAAUAAUUGCUUCCCUGCAGUCUACUUCUCCAUCUCCCUCAGACCAGACGAUCAAAGAACUCCUGGAGAGUGUUCUUGGCCAGAACUACAACAUAAAAAUGGAAAAGACACCAGUAGUUCAGAAAGAAUCCCAAGCAGCAGAAAAUGAAUCUCGGCCUAAAGAUGAGCUGUUAACAUAUAAAAAGCAGGUGAACCAGGAUAGCCAUGAACCAAAGAUGCACACAGCUUACCCUGAAGAGCUAAGAGACAGGGGAGCAGUGAAAGUGAGUCACAAGGUGACAGAAAUUUGUUAUGAAGGAGUUCCUAUUUCAGAGCAGUUCCAGAAAAAUCGGACAGAUGGAAUUCACUUUCUUCCGUCCCAUACAUCAAAAAGCGUAACUGAAUGCCAAAAAGUAGUUGAAUGCUGUCCUAAAAAGCCAGAACUGCAACUGUUAGGACAGAAGAGCCAUAGUAUUGAGGAUGUUGUAUUUGAAGACUUUUUCGCUGAUCAUGAAGAAGAGUUAGAAGCUGAGCAAGAUGAGAAUGAUUUAUAUGAUUAUGGACUGGUGUGUAUUACGACAAGUUUGAUUAAAAGAUCAGUCUCAGCUCUGGAGAUGACUGCUUUCAAAGAUGAAACUACGUUAAAUAUGUCAGCUAAUUUCAAAACCAGCAUGCAAGAGUUGAAGGUUAUGAAGCAAUGGAUAGCUGAGCCAGAGGUUGAGACAGAGAUCGGGAAAAGCUCCCCUACCAAGCAUCUAUUGAAUCAAAUCUGUGAUGAUCCUCAGUCAAUGCAGACAGACAUACCAGUAGAAAAAACGCCUACUUUGACUGGACAAGAGGAUAGCAAGAAUGACAUUCUUCUUGUGGAGUCUGUGUCUCUGGGAAGGCUUCCUAUUCAUGAUACAUUCAGUAUCAAAGUGUCUUCAGCAAUCAAACAAUAUCAGAGCCCCAGCAUCCCUUGUUUGUUAGAUUUUGAAAAGUUUGCAGAAGUGAGAGGUGGAAUUCCAAAAGAAAUUUCUGCCCGCAUGUGGGUCAGUGGAAUAUGGAACUGCUGGUUUGAUGAAACUUUCCCUCCUUCUGAGACUGCUUCUGGGGAGGAUACUGAAUUACAAAAAGGAACUAAGAUGGUGGACUCUCAAGAAGCAAAUCUACAAAUAGAACUAGUUGACUCACUACAACCUGUUCUUCUUGAAGGUGCAACAGUUAGUAUUGAAGAUUUAGAAAAAGAAGUAAGAAGACUGACUGAGCUAAUAGAAAAGGAAGAGCAUCCUUCGGCUUUUCACUACUGCAGGCGUGGAGCAAUACAAAGAAAGUUAGGCAAGUUAAAGUCAGCUAUGGAUGACCUGGAAAAAGCUAUAAGCUUAGAACCACUACUGCUUAAUGCUUACUGGCAUAGACAUUUGAUUUACCUCUUUCAAGACAGAAUUUCUGCUGCUUUGGAUGACCUGAAUUUUAUAACUGAAAGGAGCAAAAAUAAUACAGAUGCGUACCUGUCAAUGGCUGAAAUUUAUAGGAAACGAGGUGAUAAUACGUUAGCAACCAUCAGUUAUAGCUCUGCAAUACGAUACAGCCCUACAAAUGAUGACAUUUAUUUUAGGAGAGCUGAGUUGUAUUUUGAGGAAAAUCAAUUAUUAUUGGCCAUGGAUGAUUACGCCAAAUGUUUUCAGUAUAACCCAAAAAGGACAGAUGCUCUUAUGAAACAUGGAAUACAUUUCUUUGAUUGUUCAGUUUUGACUACAGCUAUUCAGGAUUUUACAGCUGUGAUUAAGGAAGACCCCAGCAAUGCUCAGGCGAGGCUGUAUCGAGGAAGAGCAUAUGCUAAGCAGCAGCAGUAUAGAAAUGCAAUGCAAGACUUAGCAGCAGCGAUUCGUCUAGACCCUUCUUGUUGGUUAGCAUUCUACUAUAGAGGUUGCAUACUACGACAGAUUGAUCCAAAAAGAGCUGUGCAGGACUUCAGUGUUUCUGUACUCAUCAAUGACACUCAGGAAAAUUUCGGUUCUUUUCUUCAUCGUGGGAUUGUUUACUCAGAACAGUGUCAAUGGUCACUUGCAAUCUGUGACUUUGAAAACGUUCUGGCUUUGAACAGCUCUGUCAUCUUUGCUUACCUAAAUAUUGGUUUGAUACUACUGUUGCAUCUUGAUCAAUAUUACGAAGCUAUUCAACAGUUUACUAAUGCCAUUGAAAUCGAUCCUCUCAAUGUUCGAGCCUACGUAUGUAGAGCACAAGCGUAUCAUAAGAGUCAUGAUUUACCAAAUGCUGUGAAGGAUAUAAACCGAGCCAUUCAUCUUUAUCCAAAUAAAUCACAACUUUACAUAUUAAGUAAAUAUGUUUCAGUUGUUCCUUUGCUAAAAGACUCAACGCAGAAACUAGAAACAUUUGGAAUAUCAGAAUUUGUGGCUGGACACAAGGUGCCCGUCAAAGCUUCUCAGAUGGACAGGGGAGAGAAAAUAUAA